AUGUCUAUCGAGGUUUUCCACUUGCACCUCUCGCAAUCCGAGAGGAUUGUGUGGCUGUUGGAGGAACUCCAAGUCCCCUACAAGUUGCACGUCUUUGAGCGGGAUCCCAAGUCUGGCCUCGCGCCAAAGGAGAUCAAAGACCUGAACCCCGCUGGCACUGCACCCUACUUCCGCGAUGGCACGGUCUCACCGCCAGUCGAGAUCUCGGAAUCCGGCGCCAUCGUCGAGUACAUCCUGACCGUCCACGGCUCCAAGAUCGGCUCCGGGGCGCCGAGGCUGCGGCGCACCCCCGACGACGCCGACUACGCCGCCUAUCUCGAGUGGCUUCACUUCGCCAACGGCACCCUCCAGCCCGCCAUGCUCCGCGCCAUGACGCUCCUAUUCGCGGGCGCCUGGGAAAGCGCUUUCGGCAAGCAGAUGGAUGCCAAGACACACAGCACUCUCAAGCUGGUGGACGACCGCCUGGCCGACAACAAGUGGCUCGCCGGGCAGCAGCUGAGCGCGGCGGACAUCAUGACCGUCUUCACCCUCACCACCAUGCGCGGCUUCUUCCCGCUCCUCGACCUGUCGCCGCACAAGAACAUCCUGAGGUACUUGAAGGACGUGGCCGAGCGCCCUGCAUACCGCGAGGCGCUGAGGAAGGCGGACAAGGGUAUGGAGCCGAUGAUCGAGCCCAAGGUUAAGGCGUUCAAGCAGUUUGAAUCCUUUGGCGCCAUUUACGAGUCGUUAGGGUACUGA